AAGUGCAACUAUAAUACCAAAGAUGAAAGUUUUGUUAGCUGUCUCUUUCGCAUGCUUGACUGUUUUCGUCAAAGCUGGUUUCGAACCAAUAGACAUCUACGGUGAUCAUGACGAUGGUCAGUGGCAUGGCGAGGGAUGGCUAGAAAGUCAGAGUCACGGUGUUGUUCACGCUGCCGUUCCAAUUGCCGCAGUGGCUUACGGCGCUCACGGUCAUGACGAUGGACAAUGGCACGGUGAAGGAUUGUUGGAAAGUCAAGAUCAUGAAGCUCAUGGGGCACUUCACGUUGCUCAUGCUAUCCCUGUUGCUCAUCACGUUGCUGUACCUCAUCCUAUCCCUGUUCCAGUACCUCACGCAUUCCCAGUUCCCGUUGCCCAUCAUGUUCCAAUCGCUCACGCAGUGCCAGUAGUUCAUGCUUCCCAUCAUGGUCAUGGUCACGGUUUUUCCGCAUCCGUAGCAGGACCUUCUGGUCAUGUCGCAACCCAUAGUUAAAAUGUACGACUUUGUUUAUAUUGGAUUUAAAAUAAAUGAUUUAAUAUUGUUCGUU